AUGGCAACUAACGAAGUUCAGGGACAAAGUUCACCAAAUAGAAACGGGCGGCAGCUAGGAAAGUUGGCCCCCGAAGUUGAUUGCUCACCAGCGACGAGAUUAAAGAGACGCCUGAAGAGUCUUAUGGAUGGCAGUUCUGCUGACAAUGACACUGACAAUGACAAUGACACCGACAACAAUAGCCAACAUCUGUCAACAUCGGGCCAUGAUCAUCUUAGCCAAGGAGGGUCAAAGAAGGAACGAACAAAGAAGGCUGAACAAGUGGUGGUGAAGAAGGCUACGGCUAAUCCUGCUAAUGUUGCCUCUCCCUCCAGCAGUGCUCAAAAGUCUCCACCGGCGGCUGCGUCUGUGAGUAAGAAAAAAGACAAAGGCCAGGAAAACUCAUCACUGAAGAAGGAGAAUGAGAGCAAAAGCCCGGCAAAGAAGUGCAGGCGAAACCUGGAGGAGGUCUACGAUGAGAUUGGCUUGAUGGCUGGCUUCAUCACCGAUGACAUCAAACCCAAAAA